CGCCGCCGCAGUGGGCGUCGGAGCCCUGCGUUAUGGGCAUCGACGAGGCGGGAGGCCCCGUCCUCGGUCCCAUGGUGUACGGUUGCUUGUAUUGCGCCCUCUCCUACCAGAAAACCCUGGCGUCCCUCAAUUUCGCAGAUUCGAAGACCUUGAAGGAGGAAAAGAGGGAGGAGUUAUUUGAAAAUUUAAAAGAAGAUAGCUCCAUCGGAUGGGAAGUUGAUGUCAUUGAUCCAAGAGAACUAUCAGCAAAAAUGCUACAGAGGACAAAAGUCAAUUUGAAUGAGAUAUCUCACAACUCAGCCAUGGGUCUCAUUAGGAGGGUUCUCAAUAUGGGAGUUCUUUUAGCAGAGGUUUAUGUGGAUACAGUUGGAGAUGCCGAGAAAUAUAGGGUAAAAUUAUCUGAGAGAUUUCCUGGUAUCAAGUUUGUGGUUUCCAAGAAAGCUGAUAGCCUUUAUCCAGUUGUUAGUGGAGCAAGUAUAGUUGCUAAGGUGACAAGAGACAGAGCCUUGCGGGAUUGGGCACUUGAUGAAAGUGCUGAGAAUAUGCAUAGGAACUUUGGAUCUGGUUAUCCGGGAGAUCCAGAAACCAAAGCGUGGUUGGAUGAUCACAAACAUCCAGUGUUUGGGUUUCCAACAUUGGUUCGCUUCAGCUGGGGCACCUGCAUACCCUACUUCAGAGACGCCGCAGAAGUUACAUGGGAGUCUGAUAAAAUAGGUGAAGACGAUUCAAGCAGCGGCAGCGGCAAAAGACAACUGAAAUUAACAAAUGUUGGCUUUGUCGGAUGCGAAAGGAAGAGCGAGGAUAUCGAGUCGAGCGGUAAAGGCCGGUGUAAGUUCUUUCAGUCCCGCAAACUUGAGUUAGUUACCAAAUUUUAGUGAUCCGUUUAAUGUCGAAUUUGUGUUUGAUGGGCAUUACUUGGCUUUUAGCUGAAUUAGUUGGUCAACUGAUCUGAAAGUUUAUAAUGAUGUCUAAUGAUGCGUAAUUUAUGCAAAGCAUUAAUGGGAUGUGUUAAAUUCUAAACAACUUGCUUAACGAGUUAACUCUUCUGACACUUA